GGUAAACAUAGACCACCUGCAGAAUAUUCAAAAAACAUAAACAGAGAAGAAAACUGUCAAUGGUCUUUAUCACAAACUAAUUUGGAGCGAUAGGAGAUCGAUAUGGCGCUGAGAGAAUUAAAAGUUUGUCUCCUGGGGGACACUGGUGUUGGAAAAUCAAGUAUUGUUUGGAGAUUUGUAGAGGACAGCUUUGACCCAAACAUUAACCCAACAAUUGGGGCAUCCUUCAUGACCAAAACAGUGCAAUAUCAAAAUGAGCUGCACAAGUUCCUGAUCUGGGACACAGCAGGACAGGAGCGGUUUCGGGCCCUAGCACCUAUGUACUACAGAGGCUCAGCUGCAGCCAUCAUUGUUUAUGACAUCACAAAAGAGGAAUCUUUCCAAACACUGAAGAACUGGGUGAAGGAGCUGCGCCAGCACGGUCCACCUAAUAUAGUGGUCGCCAUCGCUGGAAACAAAUGUGACCUGUCAGACGCCAGAGAAGUGCCAGAGAAGGAUGCCAAGGACUAUGCUGACUCCAUCCAUGCUAUCUUCAUAGAAACCAGUGCCAAGAAUUCCAUUAACAUCAAUGAGGUGUUUAUAGAGAUAAGUAAGCGCAUCCCUGUAGCAGACGCGGUGGGAACAACUUCAGGAAAAGGGUUCAAACUGGGACGGCAGGCCUCAGAGUCUCGCAGGACGUGCUGCUGAUGAUGCCAGUGACUGUACUGUCCCUACAUGACCGGUGACCUGACCUUUGCUUACCUGCUGUGUGCUCACCUUGCUUCAGCUUACAGCCACCGCACACUUUCAAAUACCCCUCUGUCACUGAAACUGGGGUGCAGCAUUGCCAUACUGAUGGUUGUAGCAAACGCAUUUCCAACAGCAAAUCGUCAUAUAUGAAAAUUGCUGGCAGGAGAAUUACUUCAAGUUUACUGAGCAAUGACAAAAAAUGCUGCCUUGAUAUGUUGAUAUGUAAGUGGAGUACCCCCAUACAUAAUGUAUACUUUUACUAUGCUCUCCAUUAACCCCUGUUUGGUGUAUUGUAGCCUAAGCUUAAUCAGUAGAACUUUACAGAUACAAAUUCAUGGAUUCAGAAGUCAUUUGCACUUGUAAAUUUGUACAAAUCUAUUAUCUUUCAACCAAACCAUGGACUGAAAAUAGUUACAUUUCACCAAAUUAUUUUGAUAGUCUUUAAGUUAUUGCCUGUUGUUUAUGUGGGAGAUCUCUUCCCAAAUAUUCUCAACAUUGUGAAGGAUCUAUACCAUCACUGUGUGUAAUCACGACUUUAUCCUUAUGUUUUUGAAGACAAAAAGGUUAUUUUGGUCAUCAAUAUGAGUCUUUCGUCUCAAUUUUUGUUUUUCAGAAGGAUAUUUGGAGAGAUGUUGGUAAUUUACGGUCAGACAGGAAGGAUUGUGCACGAUAAAUGUACGUUUUUAUUGUGUUACUGCUGUUGUCGUUAAGAUGUUGUUCACGGCAAAAUAACAAGUGGGCGUUGGUGUAAAUUGCAGUCGCAUAGUUAAAAAUGCGGAUGAAAGCAAUGAAAGGUGUUGAGAGCCUAUUUCCUUAUGUUGUAGGUAUAGUUUGAUAUUUUGGAAAAUCCUGAGAAAAAAUUCUGAGACUUUUUAUUAUUGGAGUUUGUUAUAUGUAAUAUGAUAACAGUCUCAAGUCCUCACAUGAGUUCCACCCUUCCACUUUUUUUGUUUUGACUGAAUCUAGAAUAUGAAGUUACUUACACAAUAUACUGCCAGUUAUCCCACAAUAUUACUUUAGCUUUAGUUUUCUAUUGUAUCCUCAGUCAUUUACUGCUUCUUCACAACAGUUUUAUAGUGUAGGGUGAUAUUUGUGAGGUUUUGCCAAAUUCUUUAAUUGUCCCAUAAACAUUUUUCAUCUUUUCUUUUUUUUUGCAUAAUCAGCAGUGGCUUGCACAUGCAGUGUUCUUUUACUACCUGGCCCAUGAUGAAAACAGUUAGAUCUGGAAACUAGGCAUUGUUCAGGGGAAACUCAGAUUUUAGAGCAUAAAUUUCCUCAUUUUGCAGAAUGGUAAUAGGUGCAGAAUUAGACGUGGCACUGUGUCGACAUGCUGACCCCUUAAUGAACCAUUCUGCUCUGAAUUACCGUAUGUGCUUUGUUCCAAGGUCUGCUUUCUCAUUUUCCUUUCUCCAGCUUCUUCACUCCUUGAAAUUCCAGGCACUUAGUGUACUUAGCACUUAAUGUGUCCCGCUUUCACUUUGUGUCAGACAGAUAUGGUUUGCUACACAACAGCUUUCGCAGAGCUGUCAUCCUCUGACAUUCGUGAAAAUCCUCACUACUCUGUGUUCCUUAUGCAAUGUUACAGUAGUCUCAUUUACCUCUUCUAUCAGCCUAAUUGAACACAUGAACCCCCACAGAUGUAUUAAUUCUGUGUAAUUUCAUGCUUUUCUGUGUCGCUGUAGCCCCAAAUCUUCUUUGCAGAGUUGCCAAAAAACACAGAUGCGGGCUCAAUUAGGCUGCAUUGAUAAAUUUUGAUUGUGUUCAUUUCUGUAAGCACAAGAUAUUUUAUUUGCCUUUAAUCCUCUUAAAGGGACAGUUCACCCCAAAAUCACUCAAAGCUUUUUUUCCCUCGAUCUGUGUGCCAUUUGUUCAGGUAGUUUGUUUUGGUGUGAGUUGAGUUGAGUUUUGGAGAUAUCAGCUGUAGAGCUGUCUGCCUUUCUGCCAAUAUAACUAGAUGGCACUUUGAAAUAUAAAGCACCAAAAAUACAUUUGAAAAUCCCAACAGCAAUGUCUUUUUACAGAAAUCAUGACCAGUAAUCCACAGACAGUGUUGUGAGUAAUUUCAUGAAGGAACUAUUUUCUUUCCGUGUCACUGCAUGGAAGGAUCCAUGCAUCCACUCAUUAAUGGGAAGCUAGGUAACUAAGCUGGCUAAUGUUACUGCUCAGCCGAGGAGGGCACUGCUUAUCCACGAGUAGAUGUGUGUUUCCUUCUGCUUGGUGAUACGAUGCUCAGUUCAGUUGGAAGAAAAUAGUUCCUACAUGCAACUGCUCACAACAAUAUGUAUUUCUGAUGUUUGGGGGUGAACUGCUCCUUUAAAUAUAUCUGUUAAUGGUGUGUGGUGUGCUCAGUAACACUGCCUGUUUCCUGUUGAGUGCAAUAGUUGUUAUUAUGACAAAGGUAAAAUUUGACCUAAUCUAAGAAGUCAGUUACAGAAUGAUAUGUUCACACAGUGGAGCACACACUCAUGCAAUAAUGUGAUCUUGUUCCCUACCGUCUAAAAAGAUGAUAAUGAAGGGUUUGCAUUGACCUCAUUUUAUGCUGAUUUGAUGAUAGUUUUGCUCAUGCAUAGUUGAUCAAAUAAGUAGUGUGAUAGAGCCAACCAAAGACCAGAGGGGCAUUCUAGGUCAAAAAUUAAACUUGUGAUUGAUUUUGAUUCAUGCUGCUGUCUUUGAUACUUCACCCUGCACUACAUCAUGAUGCUAACCCUAGCCAGUAUUUAAUAUAGCUUCAGCAAUUAUAUCAACAAGGGAAUCAGUCUGGUACUUUUAAAGCUGCACUUUGUAUUAAUUGGCCCUUAUUACUAGCGAACGCUCUGUCUGCAAUUUGUUAUUAUCUCUGUGAAGUAACUUGAUGGAUCAUUCUUGUAAAAGUAUCAGACUUCUUAAUGUCCCUUGAGGUUAUUUUAGGUUUUGACUGUUUGCUCAGUUCUCGCUGCUACUAAGAACAUGAUGCAAAAUAAUGUCAAAUGUCCAUUUUACUACAGCACGCAUAAUUAACCAGAUUUUAUUGUCCGUGUGAUAUCAUAAUUUAACAUGCUAAUCACAUAAAUGCUUAAAAAUAUUUGGAGUUUGUACACGUUUUUCCUUAUUUGAAAAUGGAAGGCUUGAAUAGAAAUUGUAUGCCGGUUUUGCAUUGAAAAAUACCAAUAGUCUUGGGCUGGCCCUGGGAAUGUGAUUAAUCUAUAUUAUGUUUAUUUUUCAGUGUAGAUAUAUACCAUCAAAUUGCACACAAAUCAAUAACUAUAUUCUAUUCUAAGCCAGUUGUGCAACCACAAUAGACUUGUGCACCGUUUGCAGUAAUUCCAUCAGCAUUGUAGUUACCAUAUUUAGCUUUUUACUAUGUUUCAUAUUGAUUGUAACAAAAUGCCUGAAAACACUUGUUUGCAGUGUAUUUCCAAAUGUGUAAAAAGGGAAUUGUCAAUUUGUUUACUAAUAAAAGAUUGACAAAAAUAUCUUCCA